AUGGUAACUGUGGUAAUGUUUGAUUUCGCGUUCGAGAAUAACGGUAGGAUGCAGUCCGAUGAGUUGACGCGUCAAUUUGACAGUAACCGGACACUGAUCAUUAUCACGAAUGCUGCUAGUUCUGUGUUGGAUCGGAUUGUCAUCGACCCGGGGCUGGAUACUGCUCCGUUCUGCUGUAUUCCUAUUUCGAAACGCUUCAAUCCACAACUGGGCAAUAUAGCUCAUAAUCUGAAGAGGGCCGAAGCUGUCCUCCAGAGAGCGGCUCCCGUGGGCUUGGACCUGCUCGUUCUCCCAGAAAUGGCUUUUUCGGGUUACAACUUCCAAUCGAUGCAAGAAAUCAGCUUCCACCUCGAACCUACAGCCGCAGGUCCCACGACGGUAUGGGCACGGAGCAUUGCGCGGCGGCUCGGCUGCCAUGUAAUAGUCGGAUAUCCCGAAUACUGCGCACACUCGCCAUCUGCUCCCCAAGGCUCGAUAUCACGAUACAACUCAGCGGUGCUGGUUUCACCGAAAGGAAACGUACUGGUCAAUUACCGGAAGAGCUUCCUGUAUACGACGGAUGAGUCUUGGGCCGAGGAGGGACGGGGGUUCUACGCAGGCGAUAUCCCGGGAGGUGUCGGCAAGAUGUCGAUGGGAAUAUGCAUGGAUCUCAACCCCAAAAACUUUGUGGCACCUUUCGAGGAGUACGAAUUCGCCAACCACGUCCUAGACUCCGGGUCAAGCCUUGCCGUGGUUCCCAUGGCAUGGUUGACAAUGCAGACGCCCGAGUCAAUCAUCGAGCAAGCGCAGGUUCCCGACGCUGACACGUUGGCGUAUUGGAUUCGGCGGCUACAACCCGUACUGGAACGGUCUACUGUUGUCCCGGGGGAGACCAUCUUCGUCACUUGCAAUAGGAUCGGCUUCGAGGGCGAUGCCGUGUUCGCGGGUACUUCCACCAUCGUUGGCAUCGAGCGAGGGAACGUCAAGGUAUACGGAUGUCUGGGCAGGGGAACAGAAGACCUGCUGGUAUGUGACGUCCCGGGCGCAAAAUUCGGUGGCGUGGAUAUGAGCCCCAGGAGAAGGUAG